AAUCCAGCGCUUGGUGCGCACGCGUCGAUCGUAUAUAUCGAAAAUAUACUAUUAAUUGGGUAUUAAUACGCUUUCAAGUGGGUUACGUUGUGUAGCCGAGCGUUGAACCUCUAAUUUAGGCUUUGUUUACACAGUGGCAAACUGUUCAAACGUUGCGAGUUUGGAGUGCUUUGAGAGGUGAUCUAAGCGUUGUUCUUGUGGAAUUUGGUUAAUUAACGCUAAAAUAUCAUUGACGAUAUAUGUAUAUGACUUUUGGUAACACAACAUGGGUACAGUGAAGAGUAAGCUAGCUAAUGUAUGCCCAACUAGGUGUGGAUGCUGUGGGCUCUCGAGGUCAGAUUCGUAUGACCUAAAAGAUCUACCUCGACCACCGCGAUUGGAUACAUCAAACAAUGUCAUUAGCGGAACGAGACAAGGUGUCCUCGCUGUGCAAGGUAUCGAUUUUUGCAUCGAAACUAACGGGGAAAAUCAUCACACGAACAAAUUCAAUCUCAUGUCAAAAGACGUUGACAGGUGUCUUGUUAUAAGACGAGGCCAGGCCUUCAAACUUGAUAUUCUUUUAAAUCGACCAUAUGAUGCGAGCAGAGAUGCCGUUUCUUUUAUCUUUUAUGUGUCAGAUGUCGAAAAGCGUGGGCCGUCAGGAGAUACGUCAGCGGCAGUUCCUAUGCUGGAGAAAGGAUCCGAAACCUUAGGUGCAUGGAAUGCUGUGUAUGACGGUCAAAUGGAUUCUCAUCUCAUGGUCGCAGUGACCGCAGCCGCUGACUGCAUUGUUGCUGCGUGGAGCAUCGACGUUGACACCAGAUUGAAUGGUGGCGAAUCACUUAGCUACACCCAUCCACUACCCAUAUACGUUCUCUUCAAUCCAUGGUGCUUAAAUGAUAGUGUUUACAUGCCAGGACAUAGUCAUCGAGAGGAAUACGUACAAGAAGAUGGUGGGCUUAUGUAUAGAGGCGUGUAUAACGUAAUCAAACCUAUACCAUGGUAUUAUGCGCAGUAUGAGAAGGACAUAUUGGAAUGUGCAUUGUACCUAGUCAGAGAGGUUGGAAAGGUCAAAGGUCGCGCGAGAGGCGAUCCCAUCAGAACGGUCCGAGCGUUGUCAGCUGCAGUCAAUGUUCAAGACGACAGUGGAGUCUUGUUCGGUAACUGGGCCACAGAAUUAAGUGAAUACAGUGGAGGCACACAUCCUCUGAAAUGGGUCGGAUCAUUAUCAAUAUUACAGAAGUAUUAUGAGAAGAAGAAACCAAUCAAGUAUGCGCAGUGUUGGGUCUACGCUGGAGUUUUAACAACGAUUUGUAGAGCAUUAGGAAUCCCCUGUAGACCAGUAACAGGAUAUGACGCAGCACACGACAGUCAAGGCAGCCUAACUAUUGACAUAAUUAAAGAUGAUGAAGGCAACACACUCGAGGAUUUCACCAGAGAUUCAAUUUGGAACUAUCACGUGUGGAACGAGGUAUGGAUGGAUCGGCCAGACUUAGGAACCGAGUACAGCGGCUGGCAAGCUAUUGACUCGACACCACAAGAAACCUCAGAGGAUGUUUACCGAUGUGGUCCGGCGUCAUUACGAGCAGUACGAGACGGUGAAUUGCAGCGACCUUACGACGCUUCCUACGUUUUUGCACAAGUUAACGCAGAUAAGGUGUUAUGGAAAUACUCUGGUGAAAUUCAACCGUUAAAACUUUUAGCACGUGAUACAGUUUCAAUUGGGCAAAAUAUUUCCACCAAAGCGAUCGGUCGGAUGGAGCGCGAGGAUAUUACCAACCUCUACAAAUACCCAGAGAGAACCCGAGAGGAACGUGACACCAUGGAAAAGGCUCUGCGGAAAUCGGAAAGCAUAUUCGCGCGUUACUACCUUAAUGAUGCUUUUAAUGACGUUGUUUUUGAAUUCGAAUUGAGAGACGACAUUAAAAUCGGACAGGACUUUAAUGUGGUCUUGCAUAUAAAGAACCGUUCGACAAUCAAUGAACACCAGGUGAAAGGUGUGUUGCGAGUGGACACAGUCACAUACACCGGGGUGACCGGAGACGGAGUGAAGAGACAAGAUUUUGAUAUGGUUAUGGCUCCAGCAGCUAAAGAAAAAAUUACUUUGCUAGUCACAUUCAAUGAUUAUUACAAGAAAAUAGUUGACCAGGCAUCGUUCAACAUAGCUUGCUUAGCGACAAUUGUGGAUAGAAAUUUCGACUAUUUUGCACAAGAUGACUUCAGAGUACGAAAUCCUGAUAUUAAAAUAUCAUAUGACGGUAAACCAAUGUCACGACAAGAAUUUUUGGUCACAGUAAAAUUAGAAAAUCCUCUGCCCAUACCUUUAAAGAAUGGAAAAUUCUACAUACAAGGACCAGGUUUGGACAAACAACUUAAGAUUGAACUGAGCGAGAACGUAGCUCCUGGCGCUCUUGCCAGUGUGCAGUUUAAGUUGACACCGCCGUGGGCCGGUCGACACCAAAUAUCAGCUAAGUUCUCUUCAAAAGAACUGCAUGACGUGGACGGCUUCCUCUCAUUGAUGGUUUCACCUCCAGACACUAAUGGAAUUCCAUUAAUUGAUUCUAGCGAGGCACGAGAAAUUUAAAUAUAUAUGUCACUAAAAAAAUACUCACAAAAUUAUUCGACGUCCAGCUUUUGAAUGCGGAUAAGUCUGAGAUAUAAAACUGUAUGUUACAAGGAGUAAGAUAUAAUGAGAAUGAUUUAAAUCCCAUUUUUAAUACUAUUUGUUUGUGUAAGUUAGGACCAUCAUGUAGAAAUAAUGAUUUUUACGAUACAUGACAACAUAAUUAUUCUGCCUAUCGGGUCUUAUGCUGGUCAAAGGCCUAAGGUGUGCCAAAAGCAAUCGGCCCUCCGUAUCAUGUCGAAACUUUCUGUUUUAUCUGGCUGGAGGAUACCAUAAUUUGCUUUUGUCAAUUUGCGGCUCCUGUUCCACUCAAGCAUUCUAUACACUAAUGGCCAUCGCCUCUUUUAAAUGCGUCACCAGCGCACUGCCAUUUCAGUCUGGUAAUUUGCAAACUAUGUUGAUAGCUUCGGUUCUCCAGUCCAGUUUAAUCUCGUCCGGAUAAUCUCAUUCCCGAUUUCACUUUUAAAAUGUAAAAUAAAUAAAUAAAAAAAUAAAUGUGAUAACAUGUUGAAAUUAUAUUCAAUAUAAUGAUAAGAUUAAAAAAGUGUCCAUACUAUUAUUCAAUAUUUAGUUUUAUUACAAGUUUUACUUAUUUAUUUGUUAAGGUUUGCAAAAUUUUAUUUAUUUAUUGUUAAAAAAUAUAUCAAAAUAAAAAAUACCAAAUGUGUCAGAAAUUAUAAUUGGCAAUG